AUGAAAAAAUACUCGAACAUCACCUUUCCACUAUUUGUUAUGUCUGAACGUCUUCGCGAGCGAAAUCCCCCGUUAUACGAGGAAUGGUUAAGAACGUACCACACAAUGGGAAAAUUUCCCCGCAUACCACCGUAUACAGCAUUAAUACCAUCCACUUCGGAAACAAAGGUGUAUCAGCAAAAUGAAGAAACUGAUAAAUUGGUUGCAUUACCAUCACCCAUCUACAAGGAACCGCUAGAAGAAGUAGUUACACUCCCUGUGGAUUCAACAACCUCUGAGUCCGAUGCUCAGCAAGGUUCUAGUACAUCUGAUAUACAAGCAUCAUUACAACCAGCUGUGGCCAAAAGUACCGAAGACGACUGCUUUUAG